CGAGGCGGGGGGAUGGCUCUGUGACACAGACAGAGAGAGACACACGCACAUACUCCAGAGUUUAAACCCGGAACGAUGAGAAAACACAACUUGGGAUUUCAAAGUGACCGGGAGAAAUUGAAAGCCUAAUGACUUUUUGCAGCUGUAUCAGCUUCACCUCUGGAAGACGUUCAAAGGAUAUUUUUCCUGCAAACAUUUUCUAUUUUAAGUUGUUUUUUAAUGUGUGUGUGAGGCAACGGAGAGAGAAGACUGAUUGUGCUUUAUUUUAAAGAAAUCGCCCGUGCUCUCUGCUCCUGCACUUUUGAAUCCGUCUUGAUUUCUGCAUUGGCCGGAGAGACAGGAGCAGGGAAAGAAGCUGCCUCGCAGCCGCCUUCAGCAUGCUCUCCCCUCGGCCACACGGACUGCGGGCCCUCGCUGUGCUGCUGCUCCUGUGGAUGAUCGACCCGAGUCAAGCAGGAUCUGAGCACAGCGAUGUGCUUCCUGAGGCCUUCCCAUCUUCACCAACAGAGCCACUGCCACGAUUCCAGGUGGAGCCAGAUGAUGCCUAUAUUGUCAAGAACAAGCCAGUUGUAAUGGCCUGCACAGCAACACCAGCCACACAGAUCUACUUCAAGUGCAAUGGGGAAUGGGUGCAUCAGAAGGACCAUGUGACUGAGGAGAAUGUGGAUCAGAUCACAGGGCUGGUGGUUCGGGAAGUUCACAUCGAGGUCUCUCGGCAGCAGGUGGAGGAGCUGUUUGGUUUAGAAGACUUCUGGUGUCAGUGCGUCGCUUGGAGUGCGUCAGGAACGACCAAGAGCAGGAGAGCAUACGUCCGCAUUGCCUACCUAAGGAAGAACUUUGAGCAGGAACCACUGGGAACAGACGUAUCCCUGGAGCAUGAGGUUCUAUUGCAGUGUCGUCCUCCAGAAGGAGUCCCACCAGCAGAGGUGGAAUGGCUUAAAAACGAUGAAGUUAUCAAUCCAGUCCAAGAUUCGAACUUCCUCCUCACCAUCGACCACAACCUGAUCAUCAAACAGGCCCGCCUCUCUGAUACGGCAAACUAUACAUGCGUAGCCAAGAACAUAGUGGCAAAGAGGCGUAGCACCACGGCCACUGUGGUGGUAUACGUGAACGGCGGCUGGUCAACCUGGACAGAAUGGUCUUCAUGCAAUACGCGCUGCGGCCGGGGCUGGCAGAAACGGACGAGGACAUGCACCAACCCGGCACCACUCAACGGCGGGGCCUUCUGCGAAGGUCAAACCUUUCAGAAGAUUGGCUGCACCACCAUGUGCCCAGUUGAUGGUGGCUGGACAGAUUGGAGCAAAUGGUCAGCCUGCAGUACCGAGUGCACCCACUGGAGGAGCCGUGAGUGCACUGAACCCUCACCCAGAAAUGGAGGCAAGGAUUGCAUUGGCCCUGUUCUGGAAUCCAAAAACUGCACAGAUGGCCUGUGUUUGCAGAAUAAACAGUUAUUAAAUGAACAAAAAACUUCUACAAUGGGGAGUACAGGAGACGUUGCCUUAUAUGCUGGCCUGGUGGUAGCUGUGUUCAUCUUCGUGGUUAUAAUGCUGGUGCUUGGCAUCAUCGUGUACAGAAGGAGCUGCCGGGAUUUUGACACCGACAUCACCGAUUCCUCUGCUGCACUGACUGGAGGUUUCCAGCCUGUCAACUUCAAGACAGCUCGGCACGAUAACUCCCAGUUGUUGAACUCGUCAAUACAGCCGGACCUGACAGCCAGUGCUGGCUCAUACCGGGGGCCCAUGUACACUCUCCAGGACACAGCAGACAAGAUUCCCAUGACAAACUCCCCACUCUUGGACCCCUUGCCCAGCCUGAAAAUCAAAGUAUACAACUCCUCGACGACUACGUCCAUGUUGGUGGGUGAGAUGGACUCGGGCAUAUACCCGGGGGGCAACAGCAGUGAUAGCAACGUUACCAUGAACAUGAGGAACAAAGCCCUCAGCUCCCAGCACUUGGGCACCAUGCCCAGAGAGCCUGGGUACAGUGCCAGUGGAACCUUUGGCUGUUUGGGUGGACGACUGACAGUGCCCAACUCAGGUGUCAGCUUAUUGGUACCACAGGGAGCAAUUCCACAGGGAAAGUUCUAUGAAAUGUACCUGAUAGUAAACAAGAGGGAAAACAUGCUACCCCCAUCUGAAGGUUCACAGACGGUCCUGAGUCCAAUGGUGACCUGUGGCCCAACAGGCAUGUUGUUGUGUCGACCCGUUGUCCUCAGCAUCCCUCACUGUGCAGACGUCUGCGGAUCAGACUGGAGCGUUAAAUUCAAGACGCAGACUCACCAGGCAGCCUGGGAGGAGGUGGUGACAUUGGAAGAGGAGAAUUUAAAUACCCCCUGCUACUGUCAGCUGGACCCCCAGUCCUGCCAUGUUCUGCUUGACCAGUUGGGCACGUAUGCCCUCGUUGGAGAGUCUAUCUCCAGGUCAGCCAUUAAAAGACUCCAGCUCGCCAUAUUUGCACCCAUCUCAUGUACAUCUCUGGAGUACAGCCUUAAAGUGUACUGUGUGGACGACACUCCAGAUGCUUUAAAGGAAGUGCUGGAGCUGGAGAGGACUCUGGGAGGUUACCUGCUUGAGGAACCCAAGACGCUACUGUUCAAGGACAGUUACCACAACCUCCGGCUUUCCAUCCACAAUAUCCCCCACUCACUGUGGAGAAGCAAAUUGCUCGCCAAAUAUCAGGAAAUCCCAUUUUACCAUAUCUGGAGUGGUACCCAGAGAGCUCUGCACUGCACCUUCUCACUAGAGCGAUACAGCCUGGCAUCGUCUGAAUUCUCCUGCAAAAUCUGUGUCCGGCAGGUGGAGGGAGAGGGUCAGAUUUUCCAGCUACAUACAACCAUUGAAGAGAAUGCCAAAGGCGUUAGCCCGUUCCACACGCAGGGCAGCACUAACAUAGCCACACAGGUCGGCCCUUAUGCCUUUAAGAUUCCAUAUUCCAUCCGACAGAAAAUCUGUACGAAUUUGGACGCACCAAACACCCGAGGCAAUGAUUGGAGGCUCCUAGCCCAGAAGCUGGGAGUUGACAGGUAUCUCACCUAUUUUGCUACGAAACUUAGUCCGACCGGCGUCAUCCUGGACCUGUGGGAAGCCCAGCAUCAGGAUGAUGGAGACAUCAACUCCCUCGCCAGCAUCCUCGAGGAGAUGGGCAAGAGUGACAUGAUGGUAGUCAUGACAACAGAAGAAUGCUGAAACACGGAUAACCUUAGAACAUUGUGAUGGAUCCCCAGCAUCCAUGGCAACUGUUACAGAAAUCCACUUGCUGCUGCCUGCAGCAGCAGGCCAAUUAGGAACAAGUAGCAAUUUUAACAUGAGAGCUGAAGAUGUCAUGUUCGAUCUAGACAAAAGAAACCUCUCCUCUCAAAAGCUUUGGGCAGCUUGUAUAAGAUUAACAGUUUCUUAGGAAACGCAUUUAAUUUAUUGUCCAUAUCUUUGGAUGCUUUUGUUUUAUUCGCUCCUAUAUUGAGACUUUGUACAAAAACCGGAGGAUCUGUUUACAUUCACGGUCGAUGUAGACAUCCUUCAAAUCCCAGUGCACAUGUUGUACAAAACAAAACAGGGAGAGGAUUCCAACUGAGUCACUAGACAAUUGUAUAUGAAAUGGAAGAGGAUGAAUUGUGAAUGCGGGCAUACAUCACAGAGUCAUGUUAAUCCUGUUUGUUUUAUUUUUAUGUUGCAAACACAGUUUCUCCAUUCAGAUUUGGAAGGACACAGACUAGAUGCCACAUCUGUGCAAGUUUCUCAUGAGCCACGACUAUGGAGUGAUUUCUAAAACUUCCCUUUUCGAGACAAGCUCAGUAGCUUUGGCUGAGGGUGCCACUGGCUGGCUUUGUUCCACCUUCACUGUUCACAGUGUCGCAGCAGCAUUUGACAGUCAGUCAAUAAGCGCAGAGGAAUGUCCUAUGAUGGUUAGCAGAUGCUCACCAAGUAAUAUCAACCGCAGUCAUUUCCAGGCUAACACCCAUCAUUUCUGCUUAAAGUGAAGAGAUUUAUUCAUCCACUAGAGCUACUCUCCUACCUGCCCCCCUUCACCACAUUGCUCCAACUCUCCACCAGGAUACACAGGAGUGAUUCCUACCCCAGCCUGCACUAAGUUGAGGCCCAAAUUUAAAGAGGCUUGAGGCUGAAGCAAAGCAAUAGUCAUCCAUCAUAGGAAUCUACUAUUUCCCAGGAGAAAUAUUCCUGAUUCAUAAUCUUGCAAUGGCCUAACAGAUGAAAAUGGCUAAAUCCAGACAUAUUGCUCCAGAACAGAGGCUCCCCAGGUGCUCCCCCUCUCCGAAUCCACCACCUCCAUCCACUUCACCGAACCUUCAAAACCUCAAACCAGCGGAACCUGGAGUUCCGAGAACGUUUGCUCCUCGAUUCCCUUUUCAUAUGAACUGGAAGAAUUGUAAAGCCAUUUUCAAAGCCUGAGGCCAGUUCCCAGAAAUGGCUGUGGAUUUGGACAAGGAUUGGUGCAUCGUGUGGGAGUUGCCUCCUCAGGUCAGAGGUCAAAAGGAAGCCCUUGCUGGGAGCGAACGCAACCCGAGAUCAUUUUCUCUUCAGAACCUCUCUCACAUAGAGAAGCCUUCACAUGGUCUCAUUCUGCAUUUGACUCCCAAGUGGAGGACUAGUAUCCAACGAUGUCUUAUUCCAAACUUGCCUUUAAAUAAAACACCUUUCGUUCUUGUCAUGUCCUCAUUGAGACAUUUGAUAGUACAAGCCAAUAGACAUCGAAAGGUGGCUACAUCAUCAGAAACAUCUUAAGUUGAAUAAAAGGUCAGGCCAACCCAAAACAACAUCAAUAUAGGUUGAAUGUGGGAGUGUGCAUUUCUGAUGCUGUGACACUGUCAAUAAAAGAGUAUGAGAUACCCAAGGCUACACCAUCAGAAUGACACUAGUAUUAGUUACUUGUAAAUGUUGUUUAAAUGUUUAAGUACUUGGUAGCACAGCACAUUUUGAGUUAUUUAUUUUCAAGGUGUUUUGGAUAAAUAUAUUUUAAAUUCAUUAUUGUGUCAUUUUAUUUGUUAAAUGACUGCUUCAGAAAGUGAAGUAUCGGACAUGAAUUCUUAUCCUUCAUCUGGCUGGGGGAGAGAGAGCCUUUCUGCUUGUGCCUAAUCCAAAUCAGACAGCCCAUAUAUGAGGAAAUCCACUUAUAAUUCCAUGAUAGGGUUGUCAGCUCUCCAAGGAUUGCUCUGGGAUCUUACAGAAUUGAAAAUGAAUCUCCAGGGGAUCGCUACAAGUGACGUCCAGGAAAAGAUUCACAGGGCCUUUAGAGAACUUUUGUUUCUCAAUUUUUUUGAGUGCAUCUUUUUGUUGUUAGUUACAAAAGGUAUAGCGGGGGGCAUGGGGGGAGGGUGUUGUUGGCUGAUGGUUAAUGGGAGAAGGGCUGUUUAACUGGGCAGAGGCUGCAAAAACAAGAGUGGUCAUUUGCUGAAAAUCUCCAGAAACCCAGGGCUGGCACCCUUCAGUCCAAAGGUCUAUCUCUCCCCACACACAAGCCAAUUACCAGCUAAGCCGCACACUCCUCAUUCAUUGUUUUAGUCAAAUUUUAUCAACAUACAGUGGUGAGCUUUUAGCAGAAAAGAAUCCUUGGUUUUGAUGACAAUAUAUAGUUUUUAUAAAAUUAUAUUUGAACAAUUUAUGAUGGAUACUGGUGUCCAUUUCAAUAAUAGUGAUAUUGAGAUUUUGGACCUAGAUAAGAACAAUCCCACUUGCUGCAGAGACAGAAGAUUGGCGCUAACUUUUAGAUGGCUAUGGCCAGCAUUUUUCAGUAUUCAUCAAUUAAAAGCGGCUCAAGGUGUUUUAGUGAACAGUUAAUCCCCUUUUUCCCAUGUAAGGGGAACCAUGACACCAAGCGGUUAGCAAAAUAAUGCUUUAAAUUCUUUCAUUCACUUCAAGUGCUAUGCAAGUUCAUAGAAGUUGUCAUUUUCAGGCAUAUCGUAAUGCUUCAGUUUUUAUGUACAUCUUUCAUAUUUAUAUGUAUAGAAAGUGCUAGAAUCAAUUGCUCUGUCUGUCUUUUCAUGUAUUUGUUCAUUCUGUAAACUACCAAUUGUAAAUAAGUUUAGCAUUCCUAUUGUAACAAAUUAAUUUUUAUGCAAUAAAUUAUAUUUCCUAGUUUAA